AUGGCCAGAGAAGACUCCGUCCGGUGCCUGCGCUGCCUGCUCUACGCCCUCAACCUGCUCUUUUGGUUAAUGUCCAUCAGCGUGCUGGCAGUUUCUGCUUGGGUGAGGGACUACCUAAGUAACGUUCUGACUUUAACUGCAGAAACAAGGGUGGAGGAGGCUGUCAUCCUGACUUACUUCCCCGUGGUCCAUCCGGUCAUGAUUGCCGUUUGCUGUUUCCUUAUCAUCGUGGGGAUGCUGGGAUACUGUGGGACCGUGAAAAGAAACCUGCUGCUUCUGGCCUGGUAUUUUGGAAGUUUGCUUGUCAUUUUCUGUGUGGAACUGGCUUGUGGUGUUUGGACAUAUGAGCAGGAAAUUAUGCUUCCAGUACAGUGGUCAGACAUGGUCACUUUGAAAGCCAGAAUGACGAAUUAUGGCUUACCUAGAUACCGCUGGCUUACGCACGCUUGGAAUUUUUUUCAGAGAGAGUUCAAGUGCUGUGGAGUGGUGUAUUUCACCGACUGGCUGGAAAUGACAGAGAUGGACUGGCCCCCAGACUCCUGCUGCGUUAGGGAAUUCCCAGGAUGCUCCAAACAGGCCCACCAGGAAGAUCUCAGUGACCUGUACCAAGAGGGUUGUGGGAAGAAAAUGUACUCCUUUCUGAGAGGAACCAAACAACUGCAGGUGCUAAGGUUUCUGGGGAUCUCCAUUGGAGUGACACAAAUCCUGGCCAUGAUUCUCACCAUCACUUUGCUCUGGGCUCUCUAUUAUGAUAGGAGGGAGCCUGGGACAGACCAAAUAAUGUCCCUGAAGAAUGACACGGCUCAGCACCUGUCAUGUCACUCAGUGGAACUGUUGAAACCAAGCCUGACAAGGAUCUUUGAACACACCUCCAUGGCAAACAGCUUCGAUACACACUUUGAAAUGGAGGAAUUAUAG